AUGGCAACGACAGAAAAAGGCCAAUUCAGCUACAACUCGGUGCCUCUUCCAGACGCCAACACUCACGUCCGUCUACUGGAGCUCUGCCCGGUUUCUGAUAAUAAAGACGAGCUCUAUUGCAAGCUAUACGCCGCGCCCGUUGCAGACUUGCCAAGCUACAGCGCUGUAUCGUAUGCUUGGGGCGAUAACACCAAACCCCACAGCAUCCGCAUCGUUGACUACGACCGGGCACCAACAUCGACGGAGGAAGGCUUGGACAAAGAGAAUGGGCACACAUGUCUCCUACCCAUCACAUCUUCACUGGAUACCUGUCUGCGUCAAUUCCGUACGUACAAGGAACUCCGCUUGACGCCUCUUUGGAUCGACCAGGUCUGUAUCAAUCAAGAUGAUGACGAAGAAAAGUCGUGUCAGAUUCAACUCAUGAAUCAGAUCUACUCAUCGGCAAAGGAAGUGUACGUCUGGCUUGGCCUGGAUGCUGAUGGCUCUGACGAGGUUUUCCAAGCCUUCCGCCAGGUUGCCGAGUGCAUGUGGGAUUCUGAACUUUUCGGCAAGGACCGGGCUAUAAAAUGGUUUCCUGCCCCUCGCGCCAUCUUCUACAACAGGAUAGACACCCCUGAGGUUGAAGAGUUGCUUCGGAAAGUCGUACCGAUAGUCGUCCCAUUGUUGCGGGAGAAGAAGUUCCUGGCUUGGUACAAGAGGAACUGGUUUUUACGGAUAUGGACAAUCCAAGAGUUUUGUCUCAAUCAGUACACCUUCUUUGUGUGCGGUGACAGAGCGGUCCUUGAUGAGGUUGUGCUACUGGUAUGGGAAGUAUUCCUCAUUCUCCCCGACUUCCACCACGACACAAGAUUCCGGAACGCCUUCAAAGACCAUCCUGAGAUCCUUUCGUUGGUGGAUUCGGUACCAGCAACCCUACUCCCACCCCCGAUGCAGCAUCUGUUUGACACAAAAGGGUCGUUGAAGCGUGGGAAACGCGCCUCUUUACGAGAACUACUCGUACAGGUGUCUACGCGGCUUGAUCUCGGCGACCACCGCGUCGAUAUUCUCUCAACAAAAUAUCGGGAUAGAGUUUAUGGGCUGCUUGGUCUAGUGGCCGAUGCCGAAGGGCUUGAUAUUCGGCCGGAUUACAGCAAGUCCACCACCUCCGCUGAGGUACUCACACAGACAGCGCGGAGUAUCAUCAAGACGGAAGGCAGCGUUUCCAUUCUCCGCUUUUCACAAUUUCCAAAACACAAUGUCGAGGAUCCUGACGAAGCCGGCCACUGCCAACCCGAGCAACUCCCGUCGUGGGCCCCAGACUGGGCGAACGGAACACAAUACAGCUACCAGUUCCUCGACAACGUAUUCUCAGCCUGUGGCAAAUUUUCAUCAACAGCCGACCUCAUUCCCACCUCCUCUCCAUCCAUUCUCGGCCUCCGGGGCCUGGUGGUCGACAAGAUCGAGGCCGUGGGCUUGCCCUGGCGUGCAGACUGGGGUCUGAAGGCCUACCACCGCUACAUCCUUCAGUACUUUGCCAUUAUCAAAGACAUGAAGCGUCGCUCAGCAGAAAAGAAUUCUUUUUCUAGCGAUAAUGACAAAAUAUACCCCAACCCCUCAAGACGCAACCAAUCAUUAUGGCGCCUGGCACUCGGCGACUGCUACGUGAACGGCCCCCAAAAACGAGGAAGGGCAACGGCCGAUGACAAACUACAAAAACUACAACAACAGCAACAGCAACAGCAAAGCGAAACCGGUAGCGGCAACAACAACGAACCAUCACCCCCCGAACUCGACCAGGAAACCCUCGAUUUCAUGGUCGAUCGCUGGGACGAGCUCCAGUCCAAAGGAUCAUACCUGAAUAACAUGAUGCGCAUGGACGGAAAACGUCCGUAUCUCACUGCUCAGAAGGGAUACCUGGGCAUGGCGCCCAAGCAUGCGCAACCCGGUGAUGUGGUGGUCCUGCUGUGUGGGGAUAGCAUACCGUAUGUGCUCAGGCCGGCAGGACAUGGAGAGGGUGACGACGACAAUCAUUACAGUACCUCUAGUAAUACGUACACUUUUGUUGGCGAGGCUUAUUGUGAUGGGAUCAUGGAUGGGGAGUUGGAGGGCAGGUUGGAGAGGGAGAGGCAGGAGUUUUUCAUUGAAUGA